GGGGCCGCGGCUCAUGCGCGGUGCACCGAGGCUUGUUUCACAUCUGUAACAACAGGUAUCUUAUAGGUGCUGAUGAAGGACAAUUCACAGAUGGGGAGAUAGCAUAAAGGUUAUGCAAACAGAUUCUCAUACCUGAGUCUCUUAAGAUCCCAGGUUCAAUCAACAGUACCACCAUUAACCAAAGCUGAGCUGUGUUCUGGAGGAGGCCCAGCCUCGUGAUGAGGAAUAGCAAGGAGAGAAUUCAGCUUCAGUUCAAAAGCCUGCAGAAUCGGAGACCGUCUCUGCUCUUGUAAGAAGUCCCAGGAAAACAGCAAAUGUUCUAAUAAGGAUUCCGCCUUUCCCUCCUGGCCAGAAAUGUUCAGCCUGGAUUCAUUCAGAAAAGAUCGGGCCCAGCACAGGCUGCGUCAGUGCAAACUUCCCCCACCCCGCCUGCCGCCCAUGUGUGUCAACCCUGCCCCUGGAGGGACCAUCUCUCGAGCUUCUAGGGACCUAUUGAAAGAAUUCCCACAGCCCAAAAACCUCCUCAACAGCGUGAUUGGAAGAGCCCUCGGCAUCUCGCACGCGAAGGACAAGCUGGUCUACGUGCACACGAAUGGCCCCAAGAAAAAGAAAGUGACCCUUCACAUAAAGUGGCCCAAGAGCGUGGAGGUGGAAGGCUAUGGCAGCAAGAAGAUCGACGCCGAGCGACAGGCUGCGGCUGCCGCCUGCCAGCUGUUCAAGGGCUGGGGUCUUCUGGGCCCCCGGAAUGAGCUGUUCGAUGCGGCUAAAUACCGUGUGCUAGCCGAUCGCUUUGGCUCUCCGGCUGACAGCUGGUGGCGUCCAGAACCCAACAUGCCACCCACUUCCUGGCGGCAGCUGAAUCCUGAGAGCAUCCGCCCCGGGGCACCUGGGGGCCUGUCCCGCUCCUUGGGCCGAGAGGAAGAGGAAGAUGAGGAGGAAGAGCUCGAAGAGGGGACCAUUGAUGUCACUGACUUCCUGUCCAUGACCCAGCAGGACUCUCACACCCCACUCAGGGACUCAAGGGGAGGCUCCUUUGAAAUGACAGAUGACGACAGUGCUGUCAGGGCUCUGACCCAGUUCCCACUCCCCAAGAACCUUCUGGCCAAGGUGAUUCAGAUCGCAACGUCGUCCUCCACGGCAAAAAACCUCAUGCAGUUCCACACCGCGGGCACCAAGACCAAGCUGGCCACUCUCACCUUGCUCUGGCCCUGCCCCAUGACCUUUGUCGCCAAAGGACGCCGCAAGGCAGAGGCUGAGAAUAAGGCGGCAGCCUUGGCCUGCAAGAAACUGAAGAGUCUGGGCCUGGUGGACCGGAACAACGAGCCGCUCACCCACGCCAUGUACAACCUGGCCUCCUUGCGUGAACUGGGUGAGACCCAGCGCCGGCCUUGUACUAUCCAGGUGCCCGAGCCCAUCCUCCGCAAGAUAGAGACCUUCCUGAACCAUUACCCUGUGGACAGCUCAUGGAUCUCCCCAGAGCCCCGGCUGCAGAGUGAUGACAUUUUGCCCCUGGGCAAGGACUCCGGGCCCCUGAGUGACCCCAUCACAGGCAAGCCCUACGUGCCCCUGUUGGAAGCAGAGGAGAUGCGUCUGAGCCAGAGCCUGCUGGAGACAUGGCGGCGGCGAGGGCCGGUGUGGCAGGAGGUCCCCCAGCUCCCCGUGGACCCGCAUCGGGACACCAUCCUCAGUGCCAUCGAGCAGCACCCGGUGGUGGUCAUCUCUGGGGACACGGGCUGUGGGAAGACCACACGCAUACCCCAGCUGCUGCUGGAGCGCUACGUGACUGAGGGCCGCGGUGCCCGCUGUAACGUGAUUAUCACUCAGCCGCGCCGCAUCUCCGCCGUGUCUGUGGCUCAGCGUGUCAGCCACGAGCUCGGUCCUUCACUGCGCCGGAACGUGGGCUUCCAGGUGCGGCUGGAAAGCAAGCCCCCGGCCCGCGGCGGGGCCCUGCUCUUCUGCACCGUGGGCAUCCUGCUCCGCAAGCUGCAGAGCAACCCCAGCCUGGAGGGCGUCAGCCACGUCAUCGUGGACGAGGUGCACGAGCGGGACGUGAACACAGACUUCCUGCUCAUCCUGCUCAAGGGCCUGCAGCGGCUCAACCCGGCCCUGCGGCUGGUGCUCAUGAGCGCCACUGGCGACAACGAGCGCUUCUCCCGCUACUUCGGCGGCUGCCCUGUCAUCAAGGUUCCUGGUUUCAUGUACCCUGUCAAGGAGCACUACCUGGAGGACAUCCUGGCCAAGCUGGGCAAGCACCAGUACCCGCAUCGGCACCGGCACCACGAGUCUGAUGACGAGUGUGUACUUGAUUUGGACCUUGUGACUGACCUGGUUCUGCACAUUGAUGCUCGUGGGGAACCAGGUGGGAUCCUCUGCUUUCUGCCUGGCUGGCAGGAGAUCAAAGGCGUCCAGCAGCGCCUCCAGGAGGCUCUGGGCAUGCACGAGAGCCAGUAUCUCAUCCUACCAGUGCACUCUAACAUCCCCAUGAUGGACCAGAAGGCCAUAUUCCAGCAGCCUCCACUUGGGGUGCGCAAGAUUGUCCUGGCCACCAACAUCGCAGAGACCUCCAUCACCGUGAACGACAUCGUGCACGUGGUGGACAGCGGUCUGCACAAGGAGGAACGCUAUGACCUCAAAACCAAGGUGUCGUGCCUGGAGACGGUAUGGGUGUCGCGAGCCAACGUGAUCCAGCGCCGAGGCAGGGCAGGCCGCUGCCAGUCGGGCUUUGCCUACCACCUGUUCCCCCGGAGCCGGCUGGAGAAGAUGGUCCCUUUCCAAGUGCCGGAGAUCCUGCGCACGCCCCUCGAGAACCUGGUGCUGCAAGCCAAAAUCCACAUGCCUGAGAAGACGGCAGUGGAAUUCCUCUCCAAGGCUGUGGACAGUCCGAACAUCAAGGCCGUGGACGAGGCCGUCAUCUUGUUGCAGGAGAUCGGAGUGCUGGACCAGCGGGAGUACCUGACCGCCCUGGGGCAGCGGCUGGCGCACAUCUCCACGGACCCCCGGCUGGCCAAGGCCAUCGUGCUGGCCGCCAUCUUCCGCUGCCUGCACCCGCUGCUCGUGGUCGUUUCCUGUCUCACCCGGGACCCCUUCAGCAGCAGCCUGCAGAACCGGGCAGAGGUGGACAAGGUGAAGGCGCUGCUGAGCCAGGACAGCGGCAGCGACCACCUGGCCUUCGUGCGGGCUGUGGCAGGCUGGGAGGAGGUGCUGCGCUGGCAGGACCGCAGCUCGCGGGAGAACUACCUGGAGGAGAACCUGCUGUACGCGCCCAGCCUGCGCUUCAUCCACGGGCUCAUCAAGCAGUUCUCAGAGAACAUCUACGAGGCCUUCCUGGUGGGGAAGCCUUCGGACUGCACCCUGGCCUCCGCCCAGUGCAACGAGUACAGUGAGGAGGAGGAGCUGGUGAAGGGUGUGCUGAUGGCCGGUCUUUACCCCAACCUCAUCCAGGUGAGGCAAGGCAAGGUGACCCGGCAGGGCAAGUUCAAGCCCAACAGUGUCACUUACAGGACCAAAUCAGGCAACGUCUUGCUGCACAAGUCGACCAUCAACAGGGAGGCCACACGGCUCCGGAGCCGGUGGCUGACUUACUUCAUGGCUGUCAAGUCCAAUGGCAGCGUCUUCGUCCGGGACUCAUCCCAGGUGCAUCCUCUGGCUGUGCUACUGCUCACGGACGGCGAUGUCCACAUCCGGGAUGAUGGGCGCCGGGCCACCAUAUCGCUGAGUGACAGCGAUCUGCUGAAGCUGGAGGGUGACUCGCGGACAGUGCGGCUGUUGAGGGAGCUGCGCCGGGCUCUGAGCCGCAUGGUGGAGCGGAGCCUGCGCAGCGAACUGGCCGCACUGCCGCCCGGGGUGCAGCAGGAGCACGGGCAGCUGUUGGCCCUGCUGGCAGAACUGCUGCGUGGACCCUGCGGCAGCUUUGACGUGCGGAAGACAGCUGAUGACUGAGCCCCCAUCUGCUGGGGCUGUGUACAGAGCGCAGAUGUUUAUUUAAAAUAAAGUUCUAUUUAUCCCUUGUGA